AGGGAGUAGUCAUGUGACGGAGGUCAGGGAUAAUCUGUAAGAGUCGUAUUAGUUGCUGGGGAAAUGGUGUCCAUACAGUGAGGAAAUUAACAGGCCCAGGAACGAUCAGUGGUAGGCAGAUUUCAAGUAAAUUUGGACAUUAUGUUUCAAAUGUCUGAUAACAUUCACAAGGACUUUGUUGCUCCGGAGGAACCUUUUCCAGUGCUCUUGCAGCAGGGAAACCUGAGUGAAGAUGGCACGCUGGACGUUAGUGACUUCGGCUGUCGGCUAUCAUCUUGUCAUCGGACAGACCCUCUGCACCGCUUCCACAGCAACAGAUGGAACCUGACAUCAUGUGGCACCAGUGUGGCAAGUUCAGAGUGCAGUGAGGAGCUCUUUUCAUCUGUGUCUGUGGGAGAUCAAGAUGAUUGCUUCUCUCUCCUGGAUGAUCAGGAGCUCACUUCUUUUGACUUCUUCCCAGAAGGAAGUGUCUGCAGUGAUGUAUCAUCUUCUAUCAGCACAUACUGGGACUGGUCAGACAGUGAGUUUGAGUGGCAGUUGCCAGGAAGUGAUAUUGCCAGUGAUGUAGUCUCAGACAUCAUACCCAGUAUACCAAGCUCACCCUGCCUUGUUUCAAAACGAAAGAUUAAACCUCAUCGGAACCUGGAUGAAUUGCCCUGGACUGCCAUGACCAAUGAUGAACAGGUGGAAUAUAUAGAGUAUUUAAGCCGGAAAGUGAGUACAGAAAUGGGGCUGCGGGAGCAGCUUGACAUAAUUAAAAUAAUCGACCCGAGUGCUCAGAUAUCUCCAACUGACAGUGAGUUCAUCAUUGAGCUUAACUGCCUAACAGAUGAUAAACUAAAACAGGUAAGGAACUACAUCAAAGAUCACAGUCCACGCCAGAGACCUGCAAGUUUGCGAGACAGCUGGAAGAGAAGUGUCCCCAGCAGUGCCAGUGCUGUAAGUGUGCAGAGCAGCAGCAGUGUCAGCAUGGUUAGCACCACCAGCAGUAGCGCAAGUUCUAAUUCGUCCACAAGCAUCAGUUGUGCUCACAGUGAUGGCAACCUGGCCACUGUGGCUGAGCGCAUCCGAGAUUCCAAGAAACGCUCAAAGCAGAGAAAACUACAGCAGAAGGCUCUGCGUAAAAGACAUCUGAAAGAACAGAGACAGGCUCGCAAGGAAAGACUCAGUGGUCUGUUUCUAAAUGAAGAAGUACUGUCACUCAAAGUCACUGAAGAGGACGACCAUGGAGAUGACAUAGACAUCCUAAUGUGAUGAGACCAAAUUAUAUGGUGCUUCCUCUAAUCCAUGUCAUUUCACCUCUGUCAAUCUUAUAUAGUAAAGAGCUUCAAAAAACAAAAAAUGGUAAUGAAUAUAAAUUGAAUAUAAUGUAAAAAUUAUAAAGCAGUAAAAUGGUUUACUGAACAUUAAAAUAAUUCACAGCUUCUUGUCAAACUAGACCUACUGUAUAAUUGAUCAAUUUCUUUUACAUUGUUUGAUUUUUUCUUUUAUUCAUAUCUUUUAAGUAAAAGUGUUGCACAAACAUAUGAAACGACAUAUGAACAUAAAGAAGCAAAAUAUUCAUUAGUUUGUGGAUCAACAAUUUGUGACAAAUUAAUAAAAAUGUGGAUGUAAAA